GGGCGGCGGCGGCGGUGGCUGCGGCCAAGACCCAGACAUCUGGGACUGUUGUUGUUCUCUCGCGGCAGGACCGCCUCAGUCCGUUCGCCUAGAAGGAGACCCGGAGCUGGUCUGGUGAGCAGCCGGUGGCCGCAUCCCCUCUCUCUCCGGCUUCCUCAAAGCUGCGGCAGGAGCUGGUUCAGGCACCCUGCGUUGGUCUCCGAUGCCCUUCAGUGAGGAGGGGGCGUCAGAACCCUGGUGAACGCAUCUCAGCCCCCCACCCCCAACUCAGUGUCUUCGCCGGCCCCCCACGCCCUCACGCCCCAGUCUGGCUGCCAUGGCUGAAAACGCAGAGGGAGACCUGAACUCCAACCUGCUCCACGCCCCCUACCAAACCGGGGACCCUCAGCUAGACACGGCCAUCGGGCAGUGGCUCCGUUGGGAUAAGAAUCCCAAAACAAAAGAGCAGAUUGAAAAUCUGUUACGGAAUGGGAUGAACAAGGAGCUACGAGAUCGUCUUUGUUGCCGAAUGACUUUUGGGACUGCGGGACUUCGUUCUGCUAUGGGGGCAGGAUUUUGCUAUAUAAAUGACCUUACGGUAAUACAGUCAACACAGGGAAUGUACAAAUACCUUGAGAGAUGUUUCUCAGACUUCAAGCAGAGAGGCUUUGUCGUUGGGUAUGACACGCGGGGUCAAGUUACUAGCAGCUGCAGCAGCCAGAGACUUGCUAAACUCACUGCUGCAGUCUUAUUGGCCAAAGAUGUUCCUGUGUACCUUUUUUCAAGAUACGUUCCUACGCCUUUUGUACCAUAUGCGGUCCAGGAGCUCAAAGCAGUUGCAGGUGUGAUGAUUACUGCUUCUCACAACCGCAAAGAAGACAAUGGGUACAAGGUUUAUUGGGAAACUGGUGCCCAGAUCACAUCUCCUCAUGAUAAAGAAAUUCUGAAAUGUAUAGAAGAAUGUGUGGAACCUUGGAAUGGUUCCUGGAAUGAUAAUUUAGUGGACACCAGCCCACUGAAAAGAGAUCCUCUGCAGGACAUUUGCAGAAGAUACAUGGAAGAUCUUAAAAAGAUCUGUUUUCACAGGGAAUUAAACUCAAAGACCACCUUGAAAUUUGUACAUACAUCUUUUCAUGGGGUCGGACAUGACUAUGUGCAGCUGGCUUUUCAAGUGUUUGGUUUUAAGCCUCCUAUUCCAGUACCAGAACAAAAAGAUCCUGAUCCAGACUUUUCCACUGUUAAAUGCCCAAAUCCUGAAGAAGGAGAAUCUGUGCUGGAACUUUCUUUGAGACUGGCAGAGAGAGAAAAUGCCCGGGUAGUACUAGCCACAGAUCCUGAUGCAGACCGACUGGCGGUGGCAGAACUUCAGGAGAAUGGUCGUUGGAAAGUUUUCACAGGGAAUGAGUUGGCAGCUUUGUUUGGGUGGUGGUUGUUUGAUUGCUGGAAGAAAAAUAAAUCAAGAAAUGCUGAUGUGAAGAACGUUUAUAUGUUAGCCACCACAGUCUCUUCCAAAAUUUUGAAGGCAAUUGCACUUGAAGAAGGAUUUCAUUUUGAAGAAACACUACCAGGUUUUAAAUGGAUUGGAUGUAGGAUAAAAGACCUCCUGGAAAAUGGGAAAGAAGUCCUUUUUGCAUUUGAAGAAUCAAUUGGUUUUCUGUGUGGAACUUCAGUUUUGGAUAAGGACGGGGUGAGUGCAGCCGUUGUUGUUGCUGAGAUGGCAGCUUACCUGGAAACCAUGAACAUAACGUUGAAACAGCAACUGACUAAGGUUUAUGAAAAAUAUGGUUAUCAUAUUUCAAAAACGUCCUAUUUCUUGUGUUAUGAUCCAAUUACCAUCAAAAGUAUAUUUGAAAGGCUUCGCAAUUUUGAUUCUCCAAAAGAAUAUCCAAAAUUUUGUGGGACAUUUGCUAUAUUGCACAUUCGAGACGUUACCACUGGAUAUGACAGCAGCCAGCCUAAUAAGAAAUCAGUGCUGCCUGUGAGUAAAAACAGCCAAAUGAUUACAUUUACUUUUCAAAAUGGCUGCGUGGCUACUCUUCGGACAAGCGGGACAGAACCCAAAAUAAAGUAUUAUGCAGAGAUGUGUGCAUCGCCUGAGCAGAGUGACACUGCCUUACUAGAAGAGGAAUUGAAGAAACUAAUUGAAGCUUUGAUUGAGAAUUUUCUUGAGCCCAGUAAAAAUGGACUGACCUGGCGUUCUGUCUAGUGCACACCAGCACAGCAUUACUUUGCACUGGCACAUGAAGCAGAACGACAAACAACUCCAUGUGCUCAGUCUUGUUAGCAUUCUCCAUCUCCUCUGGCCAAGUAUCCUUUUAUUUUUAUUUUCUUUCUUUUGGUUGGCUGACUAAACAAACUGUCAAUUUGAAAUGCAAUGGUCUGGAGAGAAAUGAUUGAACAAAAGUCAUGCAUUAAAAGUAUUAUAGUGACACAUUGUUCUUCCUUUAACAGAAAAAAAAAACAAUACAUAAGUGAGUUUUCUUAUUUAAGUGUGAUUAAGCUUAGUUCCAUAUUAUAAUUGUGUAAAGCACAGUUUAAAAAAAAAGGCAGAUAAAUGUUACAUAAUUGUAGAGUUAGUUAAGGAAAUUAAUCUAUAAAAUUGACAAGAAAAUGGCAUUGCUCCCAGAAUACUGUGGGAAAGUGUCAUUGUUAUGUCACAGGCAUUAACUUACAAAGUAGAGUAUUUGAAACAUAGGGUAUUUGCAUUUCUCGCUUAGAACUGGUGUUACAAUAUGUGUUUUCAGCUUCUCUGUUUCAGGUGCUCUUGAUGUAGUGUAAACUUACUGUAUGUAUUUAAAAUUCUGACGUUUACUGAACGUAAAACAAUAGUGGCAGUGCUCCUAGUGGUUUCGUUCUUGUCAGAUUUCUUAGUGCCUUCUCAGGGUAUGUAUGAAUUAAAACAGUGUUCCUGCAUUGAAUAUAAUUUAAUCAGCCAAUUUUCAUACAGUUAAGGAAAAUCUUCCAAACUAUCUAGGUGCUUCCCCUCUAUAGCAAAUAAAUUUGCCCUUUAAAAAAUCUUAUGAAUGUAAAUAAAAAUCUUAAUAAAAGCAAACUCAAUGUAACUGUACUGAAGGAUCUUCAUGUUAGAAUUCAAUGUCAGUAAUCACAGCCUUCAAGAAAAGGAAAAAAUCUGAAGUGAGAAAGGAGCUCUGAAUUUAUUUAGAAGUCUAACUUUGGAAUUACAUUUUUAUAAGUAGAUUUAUUCCUUUAUCAGAUGAAAUAAUGCUAAUUUUACUAAGAAAUAAAAUAUCCAGAUUUUAGAUGUUACAAAACACUAAAACUACAUGUUUUAAAACUAAAGUCCAGUUGUUCUAACAUCUUGCUGUCUAUUGUAGAAUUUCUGAUCUCAAGAGUACUAUUUAUCUUUAUCGAUGUGGAAAAAAAAUUUGGAAGGUCACUUUUGGUUGCUUCCCCAGACUUCUAAAAAAAUUUAAUAGAGAAAUAACAUUUAACCUUCUUAAAGUGUACCCUGCCCUAUAUAAUUCACAGAAUACUUAAACACAUGUGCUAUAUUUAAGAGGUAAGAAUCACAAGGCAUUGGGGGUAAUUAUACUGAACAAAUUACUACUGGAAUAUAAUUGGUAUUAGAGAAUUUAUUUCCUAAGAAAAUAAUAAUAAUAUACAAUUUAAACAGAUUAAAGUAUUUAUUAAAUGACAGUUUGGUUUAUUGCACCUGUCAGCUAACAUUUGGUUGAACCCAUAUAGUCCAGGUAUAAUUUUCAAACUCUCGUAUUGCCACUGUUGUUAAUUUGUUCCUUCCUUUCCUAUAGCUAGAUCUCGUAUGACUGUAGGUAAUAGGUAGCUAAGGGUAGAGCACCAUAUUUCUGAAUGACAUUGUUCUCAAAGGCUUUGCACUAAAGAAGAAACGUGUAGACUUUUUUUUGCUUUAUUUGCUUUAAGGAAUGUAGAAUGUAACUUCGGAGAUGGCCUAUAUUCUGCCAAGUAUUAUGAAUAAUGGUAUAUACAUGAAAAAUAUGUAUAUUUGGCUUUAGUGUCUGUAUUUCAGUGACUAAAGAACAAAGUGGAGCUAAAAUGAUAUGAUAGCCCAUUCAUAAUCGCUAAAGCCAUGUCAUGAUUGUCAUUAUAUUAUAAAGAAAACAGUUUGAGUGCUUUAAUAUAAUGCAAUGUCUAAGUCUUCUUAUGGUGAAAAGUUAUGAAAGCUUAGGUUAUCUCAAAAAUCUAAAAAUCCAAAGUUAAAAUUCACAAAAUUUUAUAAAUGUUCCUGAAGUGUAUAGAUUGAGGGAAUUAUUAGAUUCUAGCAAAGCUCUCAAGUCUAUAUUCACAUGAUAUUUAACAUGAACUUGACAUAGUGGGUUACAGUGGCCUAAAAGAUAAAUUAGCAAUCCAAGCUAACCAGGAAAGACAGAAGUGCUGACCCGUAGGUUUCAGCCUUGGGCUCUACAUUGUUUAGCUUUUUCUCUAUGAAUAAUAUCACAAAAAUGAAUGCAUUCUCCUUGAGUGUAUAGAUCAGACUGGGCUUCUCUAGAGUUUUGGAGAAAAGGAACAAACUAGUGGGGCAAGAUCAAAGAAUACACUGAAAUAAGCAGUCAAAAUAAACAAAUAAUUGAAAGUCAAUAAGAAGGCGCAGGAAAUGCUUCUUGUGAAGGGCAAACUUACCUCUCCAAAAGAUAGGGAAUAAACUGGCUGUGGGCAAGGUGUUAUGAUGAGCAGCUAGUGAACCUUUUACAUCCUUUCCUUCAUUAGCAACCACUAAAAAGAGGCCAAGUUUUAAGAGGUGAGAAAACGUGCCCCUCUUACUGAUUCGGUUCCUGCUAGGCUGUUGCGUCUUAGGAUCAUAUGGGAACUGGGAAGGAGAGGACUUAGCAGAAAUAAAAAAGAAUAUAAUACAAACUGGAAAAUAAGACUUAUGAGAAAAAGUUCAAAGAAUUAAGAUCAUUUAAUUCUGGAGGGGGGGAAACUGUUCAGAUAGUUUAAUAAGUCUUAAGUUACUAGUUGAAUCUUUUAUUGAAGGGCCCAAAGUAAGGAGGAAUAUGGCAACCUGUUCUCUAUCUUCAAUGAGGACAGGCUAAAAAAGAAUAAGGAUCAUUUUUAAAAAAUUAAAUAAUGAAUUUAUAUAUUAAGGAAUGUACUAAAUGGAUUUUAAAGAUUCCUUCCAAUACUUUUUUUCAAACCUCAGAUUGGAACAACAAUGAUGUCAUAGAGACCACUGAAAGUUACGUUAGAGUUUUGCUCUUUAUCUAGAAGAUUUAGCUUACAAGAGAGUUUUUGUAUAUGUUGAGUAAUAGAGGCAUGAGUGCCGACUUUAUUCACUGCAUAAAGACCUGCUCGGAUAUUAUUUUUAAUUUAACCUGGCAAAUAAGUGAGACUUGAACAUCACUUUAUUCAUCUUGAAGACUGUAUAGCAUUAUAGGAUGUUUGAGGGUUUUAACUGUCUUGUUAUUUGGGUGUGGUGACUUCAGCAGACAGAGAGGUUCUAAGAAACUGGAUCCUCUGGCCAUAACUUUAUAUAGGAAAUAGACCUCCUGUUUCUUAAGGAGGUUGCUUCUGGAAUUGAUUGAACAAAAGUAUUAGCUGGAGUUUAAUGGAGAAAUUGUUCUAUGAACUAUGAACUGCUGCUAUUGGUGUUCCUUUCAGAUGUUUUCCGCUGAUGUUUGUGAUGCUUGAAAAAUCCAAAUUUUGCUUGGAUAAAUUUAUGUUAUGCCUUCUUCUCUCUACCUCCCUUUUUCCCUAGGUCCCCUCCCACAUUUCAUUACUGUGAAAAACUAUUGCCCUAUUACCUCACUGAUAAGAAAUCUUAAUUGUAUUCUUUCAAAAUGCUUUAAACUUAUUCAUAAGCUAUGUCUAUUUUUUUUGACUUUUGGUUAUUUUGUUGUUAUUGUAAGGAUAUUUAAGACAUUAUAAGAAGUAACUUUAAAUCUGUUUCAUAACCUUUUUUGGUCUGUCUGAAUACUACUAUAUGUUAAUUUAUUAUAGCCUUUUACAGUUCACUUGUUUUUCUGAGAUUGCUCUAGACACUGAUGAGGAGUCAUACUAAUCAAUUGAAUGGUCAAUUGAUCUCACAUGUUACUUCAGGUUUCCUUGUACUUGGGGUAUCCAAAGCACAGAAUUUGAGGAAAUCUUUUUUCACAUUUGUCCCUGAAAGCAUCUUACCGUAAGCCAUAAGAAGUCCCAGAUGGAAAUAAGAUCUUUCACUGCAGGACUUAACACAGCAUGACUUUUUUUAGUUUCAGUUGGAAACAAAGUUAAUGUUUUCCAUAUUAUUAUUACAUUCAUUAAAGAUCUUUUCUCUUUGUUCAUUCAAGACUAUGUACUUUAAAAAGAAGACAUAUAAGAAUAAGUAACGUAUCCAAGGUAAGGGCAAAUGAUGUAUCUGAAGUUUGUUUCUCAAAUUUUUCCACCAGCUUAACCCCAAAGCAGAAGAGUAUGAACAUGGGCGGGGAAGGGGCCCACACACAAAAUCUGAAGCAGUCUACCUACCACUCAUGAAAUUUUGUGUUCUGUCUUAAAAACAUAAGUUGAAUUUUGCAUUCUCCGUAAUAAAACUGUUUCAAUAUAAAGAUGAUUCUUUCAAUCUUCAUGGAAACCGGUGUUGCCAGAAAGCACCACAUUUACCAGAUGGCCUCAGUUCCCCUCCCCCUUGAUUUCUGCAUCCACCUGGUGGUACACACACUGACUUUGAGAAAUACAGACAUAGGACAUAUCUAGGAUAUUCCCUGCCUCUUAAAAGCUGUACUUUGAAAGUAUUAAUGCCAAAUUAAACUGAGCUGAGACAGCUCCAUUACUUUUGAACCUUAUAUAAUAUUGUCAGAGGAGUUGGCCAGUUUGUUUUCAUUAAUUCAUUGGCAUUCCUUGACUGAAAAGGCGCACCCAACUAUCAGCUCCCUGAGAGGAGAGAUCAUGUCUUAUCAGUUUUUCAUACCUGCCCCUCCCCCCAGUACAGUGCUUGUUAAUAGAGUGCCUAGUUGGUGACAGUAGGAAUUAGGGGGUUGUAUUUUAUUUAAAGAAACCAAUAGUUUAAGUAAGAAACAAUAAAAAAUGUUAGUUUUCUGAUUCAGUGUUUCAAGCAAAGCACGCACACCCUUAAAUACUCAGUUUCUUUUGAGAGAGCAGAGCAUAUUCCUAUUUGGAAACUAUAUAUAAUGCCUAGUAUUUUACACUCAAAGCAAGAUGUUGGCCAAGUAGGCUAAGAAAGUAUCUCCGUAGACUUAAUAUCACUAGUUAUAAGUGCCAUUUUGAGCCUACUAGUGCUACCUUCCAAGUGAGUCACAACUAAUUUGAAACUAAUAUAUUUCUGUCCACUGUUAUGAUUCAUCAUGUAUCUUACAUGAGGCACUCAAACAAGAGUCUGCAUCUGUAUAUCUGGUGAGGCCUUCUUGUUUUAGGCUAAAAUAAACUCUUUGUAUUAUGUCAUUGAAUAUGCCAGAUAAAAUAUAUACAGUUAAGAAUGAAUUAUUUUUCUGACUUGUGUAGCAGUUGCUCAAAAUUGUGCCCUUGUUUUAACAGUUUUUGUCAACAUUUUCUCAUUUUUUUUCCUGAUGAAAAUACCAGGAUGUAUCAUAAGUACUCCCUGUGAGAAUUUGCACUUGAAGUGUUUGUGAGUGGAUUUCUUGUGGUUUUAGCCAAAUGAAGUGUUAUCAGUAAUAAACAGGCCUCGUUAUAGGCAUGA